AUGCGGUGGUACGCGAUCCUGGUCUUUGUGGCCCUGUUCUUCGCUGGGCCAGUGAGGGCAAGCUUGGAGGAGUUGGCGGCGGCGCUGCCGUCUUGCGCUCUCCCAUGCUUCACAGAGGCCAUUUCUCAGUCAUCAUGCGCACCGACGAACCAAACGUGUAUGUGUACGAACGAGGACUUUACAGGGAUGGUCGAGCUUUGCGUUCUGAAGUCGUGUAGUAUUCGCGAGGCAUUAACCACGAAAAAUGUCUCGGCGACCAACUGCGGCGCCCCGAUCCGAGAUCGAACGAAAGCUGUGUCGAUUGCAGGUCUUGCGGGCGGCGCAUUGGCUCUGUUGGCGUUUUGCUUGAGAAUCAUCGCUCGGCUGCCGUGCUGUGGAGGCACGAUUGGAAUGGACGAUUGGACGAUGGCUCUCACCAUGCUAUGCGUCAUUCCAAUUUCAAUACUUUCUUAUGUUUUGGCCGAAGAUGGACUUGGGAAGGACAUGUGGGUUGUGCCUUUUGACAAUAUCACCCACAUUCUCUACAUUUACUUCUUCGACGAAUGUCUCUAUCUCACCGGAAUCGCCCUCACCAAAAUCUCAAUCCUCUGCUUCUAUCUCCGAGUCUUCCCCCGUCGCGAGUUCCGCAUCCUCGUCUAUAUCGCCAUCGGCAUAAACGUUGCCUACAUCAUUGUAUUCGACCUCAUCUCAAUCUUCCAAUGCAGCCCCGUACAAGGGGCCUGGCAUCGCUGGGACGAGACGGGCGACUAUAAAUGCAACAACAUCAAUGCCCAGGGAUGGAGCUCAGCAGCGGUGAAUAUGGCUCUUGACAUCAUGGUUAUGGCUCUUCCGAUCAAAGAGCUCUACGGGUUGAAUCUGUCGUGGCGCAGAAAGGUGUUUGUGAUGUGCAUGUUUAGUCUGGGGAUAUUCGUCACCCUCGUGAGCAUCAUCCGUCUGGAAUCCCUCAUCGUCUUUGCAAACACGACCAACUUGACCUGGGACUACGUCCAAAUCGGCUACUGGAGCACAAUCGAAAUCCACGUCGGCGUCAUCUGCGCCUGCCUCCCGGCCAUCCGCGCGCUCUUCCGCCGCAUCUGGCCACGCAUGUUUGGCGACACAGACAAGGGGAUCUCAAAGGGGUCGCGAAGCCGCUCUGUGGGAACUGGGUCCCGCAACACGGGAAUUGGCCUCGCAUCGCCGCGCAAACAUGCGGACGAUCACUUUGUGCCCCUCGUCGACAUGGGCGAUUCGAGUCAGUUGAACCUGACUAGUGAGUCGGGUCCGCGGCAUCAGGGUUGGGCUGCUGCUUAA